ACUCCAUCAGGAUCUGAGACAGAUAUGGAGGAAACCAUUAAAGUAAGCGACCCGAUUCCUUUGGAAUCUGAGGAAGGCAAGCGUCUUCUGGAUGAAGCUGAAGCUCGUCAAGACAUCUUAAUGGACAUGUUUGACUUCCAGCAGCACUAUUCGCACUGUGGCAUACAGAGUGCAGCGCUCCUACUUGCAUCUUUUGCAUGUGGAAAAGCGUGUCGUGAAGCAGGCCACUGCAACUUCAGACACUGUGAGGACAUUAAGGAGCAGUACCACGGAUUUGCUAUGUUCGCCUUCAAGGAGACCGAGGAGAUCAUUACCCAUGAUGUCAUCCAGAAAACAGGCACCACGUUGGUGGAUGUAGGCCAGUUACUCGUCAGCCACAAACACCAAGCUACGAUGUACUUUGGUCAGGAGUCCUCCGUGGAUGAAUUCCGCUGUCUAGCCGUGGAAGCCCUGCGCCAUGAAGAUUCCAGCGCUGGAGUUAUUCUGAACUUCCAGCGAUACCUUUUGGGACAAAUCGGGAAGGCUUCAAAGUAUGGACAUCACAGUCCCCUUUGUGCAUAUCACAAAGCCACUGACCGCUUUCUGAUGCUUGAUACUAAUGUUGGCAAGCCCAAAUUGUGGUUAAAGACUGAGGACUUGUUUCAUGCAAUGCAAGAUGUUGAUGUAGCUACUGGAAAGUCGCGAGGAUUUGUGAUCAUGGGUGGUGUUAUCUGAACAUACUCCCAGGCAGUAUAUUAACUUAAAAUAUUCCAUGUCUAUUUAGAAUAUUCACUGUAGCAUGUGAACAGAGUUCAAUUUUAUUUAAAGGGACAGAUGGCACAGUUGAAUGAUACAGUACCGAUGGGUUG